UCAUUCGUGGUCCAUUUUAUCUGUUAUAAUAUGAACGUGACAUAUUAUUCCAUAGUGUCGUAACAGCGUCACUUGCUCAAACUUGUCAUUCAUUCACUGUAGAUCGCUCUCUGCCAGUCUGGCAUUCUUUUCUACCAAAACUGUUCUGAAGUGAUGCAUUCGAAAAUUCCGACUACUCCAAAAUGACGCAUUGAAUCAACAAACAUCCGUAAUUUAUCCUAGCUCUUUCUGGACUUGGACAGGCUUGCAAACUCUUGCGAUGAUUGUUGCCUCUCUCAAGCAUGUUGAUAAACGCUCCUAGAAUUUCAUCUGGGAUCAAAUUUCAAUGAGCAAACAUAUUUUUUUUCAGAAUCUCAUUAUUUUUGGCUGAGAAGAGAGUGCUGAAGAAAUAUUGCUAAGAAAUGAUCGCAUUCGAUGAAAGUUGUAAAGCCAAGCUGAGCUAAACUUGAAACAUCGAUAUUGUGAUGCAAUUUUAGUUCUCAACGAAUUUGUUUCCCGAAAUAUCAAGAAAGAAAUCGGCAUGUCUUCCACACGCGCUUUUUUUGAUUGGUUGGUGGUUUCUGUCACGGGAGUGACUGGAGGUGGCAAAUCUGAACUGUGCACUUACUUGUACAAAAAUUUGCCAAAAACGACCAGACUACUUAGACAAGAUGACUAUUUUUUUCCUGAAAAUUCCCCUAAACAUAUCCCGUGCUCGGAUGGAAUGACGCAUUUCAACUGGGAUGUUGUGACAGCUCUCGACAUGGACAAAAUGUAUGUGGACAUCGAAGAAAUCAUUACGUCGCCACCAGUUCUCAAAGAGAAAGAAAACAUUACGUAUACCAACAUGACUAUAAAAGAUCAAGCAUGUGCUGCAACUUCUGCUUCUGCUGCCCUGAAAACUCCUCAGGUUGAGCCUAACUCACACCUCGCAUUACGGCGACCGGUUCUCAUAUUGGAUGGAUUUUGCAUUUUGGACGACUCGCGUAUACGCAGUCUCUCUGAGUUUGCAAUAUUUUUUGAACUUUCACGAGAGGAAUGUCUCCGACGACGGCUCUUGAGAACUUUUGAUCCUCCUGAUGUCGCGGGAUACUUUGAUGUUUGUGUCUGGCCCAUGUACGAGCUGUACAGAUCGAGGUGCAAACGGCAGUAUAAAAACCAAGUGGAAAUUAUGUUUCUGGCAGGCGAGUCGGAUAUGGACAAAACACACAACUCCAUUUUGAACCAAAUUAUCAGAGCUGCAAGUUGAGUUCCAGUAUAAACGGAAAAUUUAUCUGAUUAGAAAAAGAAGCGUAUAUUUCGUAGACUUAGUAAUUAUUCUUAAUUUUAACUCUUUUCCGGGAUUCGAUUUAAAGUAAGUGGUACUCGGAUUUCUGAUACUCCCCAAGUUUUUAUGUUAAUCUUGAAUGAACCAUGACCAAUUUGUUCCUGCACUGAAGCGAUAUUUACCCUGCCGAUGGAAAGUACGUAGGUUUUUCAUUUCAUGUUACUCGCUCUUUUGUAAUCUCCUCCGCUUGUGUUUUGCAAGAUGCACCUGCGAAUUGUGUGCCUGCAAAGAUUUAGAUUAUACUCAAGAUUCAAAUUUUCUUCUUGGUUUGAGUAACCACAUUUUCUCACGAAAAAUUGUUAAUAUGUUUAUUUUUAUACUCCAGUGUUUUAUAUAAUAACAGUAAAAUUCUAUGAUGCUCUGUGCCACUCA